AUGGAAGAUUUUCAGCAUUAUUCCGACAGCUCCAGCAAGCGUUUAGAUCGCCUUGAAGGCAACAUUAAGAAGCUUGAGGAUGCUCCAGUUCCCAGCGUUCCUCGUAUUAUAACAGAGUGCGAUAAUGAAAUAAAACGAAUCCGCAAUGAUUUUGAAGCCUGCGAACAAGCAAUCUCAGAAUGUGAUGGCCCAGACAGACAAGAAUGCAAAAAAAAGCUAGCAGAACUUAACGACCGAUUUGACCGCUGCCGAGCUGAACUGGAAUUUAAACGUCAAAGCGGGAGCCAAAAAGCAUUGUUCGGCAAUGCGCUUGAAAUUGAUGGCCCAAAACAAGAAGCAAAGCAAAACCUCUCGCAGAUGAGCGCUCAACAAGUGAUUUCUAGAGGAGACGUACUAUAUCAAGAAGCUGAAGAAAGAAUGCAAAGAGCUUUUGGGGUCACUGAACAAUCAAAGCAAGUUGCAGGAGCUAUUGAAGUCGAAUUAAACCAGCAAGAGCAGCAAAUAGGAAGGGUCGAAGAUAAAACACAAGACCUGAGAGGGCACUUAAGAAGAGCUAACAAAAUAAUGGACCAAAUAUACAGAAGAUACCUGACUGACAAAUGCAUUUUAUGCUUGAUCAUUUGUGUCAUGAUAGUCUUGGUGGUUAUUAUUAUAUAUGGAGCAGUCGGUGGGAAAGAUUUAGGGAGUCCUUCAGAUAGUGUGAAAUAA